GGUCAUGUACAAUUGUGUACGAGCAUUCACAUUCGACCUGCGUAUCUAAAUACAGUGUAUUUCUAUCUGUUGAAACAGAGUGAUAUAAAAAAGCGAGUAGUGAGAGCGAACUUAUGUCCAAUGAUCAGUUAUUGCAAAUUCGAACGACUUCCUGAAUUGCGAACAAGUAUCUCUAUGUUUAAUCAAUAGAAUACAUUUCAUUAUACUUUUUUGUAGUAGUAGGAGCCACUAUUCUAUGCUAUUUCAAGCUAUAUUCUACUGAUAUUUUAGUACCGAAGGUGGAUUAGUCAUAACUUAUGAGGAAAUUUUGCAGUGACAUUAUAAAUACAAUUCCAUGCGUUUUAUGAAUGAGCUAUUACAAUUUUUUAUACGGUUUAAAGGUCCAGAUAAUAGGCCUUAAUUUCGAAAAUUUCCAUCUGUUUUACUCUAAGAGAUAAUCAGAAUUGUCCGAAAGAUUCUUCAAGAUAGAACAUUGAAUUCGUGACAUUAAACAGUUUGCUUCAAAAUUUUUUCAUCUUGUCAUAAUAGAAGAAGCGAUCUGUAUAGAAGACCCUUGACAAAUUUUAAGUUUAUAGCCUAGUUUUAGCCCAAAAGCAUAACUCGAAAUGUUGGAGAAAAUAUGAAAUUUGAGAUUAUUUGACGAGAUCCGAUAUAAAGAAAAAUUCUAAAAGUUCUGAGUUUAAUCAUAUUUUUGAUCGUUUUUUUUGUACAUGAGAUGUAAAAAGCUAGUGCAUUAAAAACUGCGUACUGUAUAGCUGAAGUGACAAUACUCACCGAUGUUCCGAUUAUAGACGAUCGAUAAAAAAAUAAAACUUGUGUAUUUAUUAUCAAAUUUGUUCCAAGACUGUUGUAUAUUGCUUGUUAUCGAAUUCUAAGGUCGUCCUUAUGUUGUGAUUUGAUCGAUUCUUCUAAUAAGUAUUGUUACUCAAGGUUUUAUUUCAUACGAAGCGCUUGUACACUCUUCACUCAUUUUUUUUCUUUUUUAUAUAAUAUUGAGGAGUGUAUAUACACAAAAUCACAUUAUAGAUUUGGUUGAGUGCACAUGUAUUUAGUUAUAUGUAGAUAGGGUUGCAACUGUAUAAUAAAAAAUACAUUAAGCGAAGGAGAGUAGGAAAUAAUAUAUUUGAAGUUAAUAUAAUGAAGCACGUGGUCGUCGUUGUAAAGAACGGAAAAUUAUCAAUAUAAGAUUGUAUUAAAUAGCUGAUGAUAGUAGUUUCGUUUGGCUUGAUUGUUUUUUAAUUUUAUUGUGAUCUAAAAUAAAAGUUAUACAACGUAAUAACAGAGGCUAACAGAUUGAUCUAUCUGCUUAUGAUAUUCUCUCUCAUAUUGAUAUUAACAUCGUAAUUGUUGAUCGUACAUAAAGGAUUUUAAUUUCUAAUAGAAUGAUAUUACACCAUCUAUUAAUAAAUUUUGCAAACAUUUUAUUAUUUUAUUAACAAGAAUAAUAUAAUAUUGUUGUUUAGUAUCUAUGUCGUACUGAAGAAAAAAUAUUCUGUUUCUUGUAGGCUGUGAGUAGUGUUUGAAAAAUCAAAAGAUAUAUCUAGACAUAUCUUCAGUAAAGAAAAACACGUUUACUCUAAUUGUUUAAUAUUAAAAUAGUUUAUAAAAAGAUAAUUUUAUUUUAAAAUAUAAAUUCAAGGUUUAGAACAAAUAAUAAUUUCAAAAACAAAUGAAUAUAGUAGAUUAUCUAAAAAAGUAACAUUACUUUUACCUAAAUCAGCUGAAUGUGAAUGUUUUGAAUUAGAAUUAAAAUAA